UUAGCAGCACUGGGUCGCGGUCGCGUCGCGUAAUUGCCCGACUGAACGUUGUACGCCGCGAUAUCGUUUAGUCGUCGUCACACACGAAAUUAGUUAAAAAUUUGAGAUAAAUCGAAUUAACAAGUUUGUGUGUAUUCUUAAUUAAUGAAACUUACAACAUCGACCAAUAUUUAAAACAGUGAUAAAGUGUUUUUGUGUUAGCAAAGUGUUAAAAGUUACUUUUAUUGUGUUUUAAAAUAGUGAAGUGAUUCAAGAUGAGUAAUUUUACGAAAUUUAUCAAAACUACGCCAAUCACUGACGACUACGAAAUCUCCAACACGGUCCUCGGCCUCGGAAUCAACGGAAAGGUCGUAGAAUGCAAAGAGAAGACGACCGGUGCUAAGCGUGCAUUGAAAGUCUUGCAUGACAAUACAAAGGCACGCCGGGAGGUUGAGCUGCAUUGGAGAGCGCGCGGCUGUAUUCACAUCGUUCAGGUGAUAGACGUGUACGAGAACUCCUACGGUGGCCGAGGAUGUCUCCUGGUCGUCAUGGAGUGCAUGGACGGAGGCGAGCUGUUCCAGAGGAUCCAGGAUAAUAGGGAAGGAGCUUUUACUGAACGACAGGCUGCUGAGAUAAUGCACUCAAUAUGUGUAGCUGUCCGUCACCUCCACGAUUCGAACAUCGCCCACCGGGACAUCAAACCCGAGAACCUGCUGUACUCCAGCACUCAGCCCAACGCCGUCCUCAAACUGACCGAUUUCGGCUUCGCUAAGGAGACCUUGACGCCAGCUGAUACGUUGCAGACUCCUUGCUAUACACCUUAUUAUGUGGCUCCCGAGGUGCUUGGACCAGAAAAAUAUGACAAAUCUUGUGACAUCUGGUCUUUAGGAGUUGUGAUGUACAUCCUGCUGUGUGGAUUCCCGCCUUUCUACUCCAACCAUGGACUGGCUAUAUCACCAGGGAUGAAAAAGCGCAUCAGACUAGGCCAAUACGACUUUCCGGAGCCCGAGUGGUCGAACGUAUCCACCGAAGCUAAGAAUCUCAUUAAGGGCAUGCUGUCCGUCGACCCCGCCAAAAGAUUGACUAUUCAACAGGUGAUGUCGAGCCCGUGGGUCCGCGCGUACACGCAGGUCCCGCAGACGCCGCUGUACACGCACACGCUGCUGCGCGAGGGCGGCGACGCCUGGGCCGACGUGCAGGACGAGAUGACGCGCUCGCUCGCCACCAUGCGCGUCGACUACGAUCAGGUGACGGUUCAAAUUAAAACGCUAGAACAGAGCAACAAUUCGCUUUUAAACAAACGGAGAAACAAAGUCGGGGCUUGAAGCUAACUUAUAGGAACUUGGAUUUAAGGCAAGCGUGAUACAAAUAUUAACAGAUAGUCCAACUCAUGUGCGCGGCGCUAUGUGUGCGUGCGACUGUGUUUAUAAGGAAACAUUUAAUUUGUGUAACACACAAAUGAAGGCUGCAUUAGCGUUCAAUGACCAUACAACCUAUAGACGCCUAUGGUCUAGUUCAGACACGGCGGGAACCGCGCGAUUUUAGAAUCGCAUGGAAAUCGCGCGGGUCUUAUUUGUACGAGUUAUUAAGUAAUUGUUCAGACAUAACCGCGAAAAUAGAAUCGCGCUGCUCCCGCGCGUUUCUAUUACUAUUGAGUCGACCGCCAUUUUCAAACUGAAAUUAUCCUCGCACUAAAUCGCAUAAUAACCGUCGGUGUCUGAAUAGCAUCACAGUUUUGCGGUUUCAAACUGCGCGAUUCCCGAAUGUCUGAACUAGGGCUAAUCCUCAGUCUAAUAAAACAGAUAUUUAGUUAUAAUAUCAGCUUAUGUAAUAUCCCAUUGCUAGACACUGAUAUUUGCAUUGAUAAUGUUCACCCACUGCAAAUAAGUUCAAAUUCCUAUUGGAAUCUAGGUUUCCUCACGAUGUUUUCAUUUACCGUUUGUCCUUAGAAAAGUUAAUAAAUUGAAUAAGUCUCACUGGUACUAUGCUUCGUUGAAAUCGAACUUGCAACCUCGUGUAUACGAGACUUAUCUAACCCAAGACAACGACGUUACAGUGAACAAAAUAAGGUUGGACGAAGCGAGGUACUUCUUUAAUUGACCCAUUGACAGUCUAUGUUAAAACGGAAGUGCUAACAAUCACUGUACUGGUCGAAACGUAUUCAAAAUUAUUGAGUAACGAGCCACCUAUAUAAUAUUUACUAGUCUGAUGUUUUGACAGACAUCGGUCGUCUAAUAUGAAGUGUCUAUAGGUUGUUUGGUAGAUAAUAAGGACACAACGUACUUAGAAGUAUCACCCACAGAUGGCGCCACGUGAAGAUGAGUUAAAUUCAUACAUCUUUAAUUUGAAGACAAAUUAUGUUUUUAUACUUUUCGAUAUUGUAAAUUCUAAGUAUUUAAACCGACCUUAAUUAUUUAAUACCAGUUGCUGUCUCAACUAGUUAUACAAUACUUGAUAUAUAGAAAAUAUUUGAACAUAAAAUUUCCUUUCCUAGAUUGUUUGAGGCAUAAAAAAACAAUUCUUGCCAGUUGGUCUAGUGGUUAGUAACCCUGACUGCUAAACCGAAGGUCGUGGUUUCGAGUCCCAUCCGGGACCAACUGUUUGUGUGAUGAGCACGAUCAUUUAUUCUGGGUCUGGGUUUAAUUUAUCUAUAAUAUGUUGGGUUGGUAUAGAAAUAUGUAAGUAAGUUUAUCUGUUGCCUCGUACUCAUAAAACAAGCUUAGCUUAGUCUGGGAGUAGAUGGCGUUGUGUAAAACUUGUGGGGAAAAUCUCAGUCCAAGGUUUUCGAGGUGAGCCGAGUCUAAACAGAUAGAAGUUCUCAAUUUGAAUGCCCUCAGUUAAUGAAUGAUAUAAUACACGACGCUUGUUCCACAAGCAUAAAAUUAUCAAUUACAAAA